GGCCUUAAUAACAAUCAGCUGUUCAAGAAUAGAAACUCAUUUUGGCUGCUGUGAAUAGUUUGCUUUUGAAAAAUACAUUAUUUUGAAUAAAAAGCUUUAUUAAAUAAAUAGCAUCAGCUGGUAAGCUGCAUGCAGUACAUAUAUAAAAUACACUGAAUUAAACACACUACUAUAGUGUUAAGUGAGGCUAUUUGCCUGGUCAGCCCCAUUGGACCGGCCACUUAUAUAAUCCAAAAGCCGGAUGAGUCUUUAUAGCAGAUCCGUGCGACGUCUGCUCGACAAUUGGCCCGGUAAGCGACGCUUUGGCAUCUAUCGCUUUCUGCCGAUAUUCUUUGUUCUGGGCGCGGCGUUGGAGUUUUCCAUGAUCAACUGGACAGUGGGCGAGACUAAUUUCUAUCGCACGUUCAAACGCAGGCAGGCCAAAAACUACAUAGAGGACCAGCUGCACCAGCAACAACAUCAGCAUCAGCAUCCACUACAGGAGUCAACUUAAUCAUGCCCGCUGGAGUUUCGUGG